UAAUUUAUACACUUCAGAAAUUAUUCAACUAGUUCCAUACUCCAUUCCAGUCGGUGGCGGUAAUGCACCUAUAAGUCUGGUUGCCAACCGCCAGUAAAACCCAAAGAAGAAGAAGAAGUCUCGUGCCAAAAAUAUUUAAAUGGCAGCGCCCGCUCGUCUGCGGAGAAUAUGGUCGUGCAUUCACUGGUUCGGAGGUUGCAAAGUGAAAGGCGACAAUCAGCGCACAGUAAUGUAAAGAAAGUGGGGUAGAAUGGUAAAAUAUGGGAGAAUUUCAGCAAAAACGGGAGGGUUUACUUGAGUUAAGUGAACAGGAAUUGUUUGUGGAGAAACAGUUUUGCGAGAGAAAGCAAAAACUUAGAAAUUAGAUUUUCCUCCCACCCAUUUUUUUCUUUCACCCAUUUUUUUCACCCAGCCAAUUUUUUUCUCCUCCACUACGUCCCUUCCGGGGUUCCGUAAUUAAGAGACAUAGAAGGUUGCGGGAACUUUGGAAAAUGAGUUUAAAAACAAACAAACAAAAAAUAAAAAAUUAAGGAUAAAUCUGGGAAUAAGUUGACACAAUUCAUCACGAAGCUCCAUCUUCAAGCAGCCAGUGGUGUAUGUUAAGCAUUGAAGACAAGGCUGUGUGUGGUAUCUCUGGCCUUGAAGAACUGUUUGCCUCAUUCAACAAUUUCAACCUCCAGUAUCAGAAAGAGGCAGAAAGUCACCCUUGGGUUCAGAGCCAACAAAGUAAAUAUAAUCAAAGAAGACUGGACAUAUGCAAAAACAAACAGGACUGUUAACCUGAAGUUUUCUUCUCCUUUGCAAAAAGACUUUAAACAUCACAGAGUUGGAUUUGAUGGAUUUUGUUUAAAUCAUUCUCUGAGACAUUUUCCAUUAAAAGUGUGUCUGGUGCUGAUGGACUGGAGUCAGUGUCAGUGAUGGAGGGAGAUUCAAUCACUCUAUACCCUGGUGUCACUGAUAUACAGAAAAAUAUGUUGAUUUAUAAGUUUGGAGCAGAAGGCGCUUUCAUAGCUCUCAAAGAUGGAAAUCACAUCUCAGUAAAUUAUGAUGUUUCUAAUGAGGGAUUCAAAGGCAGAUUACAUCUAGAUCAGACUGGAGCACUGACCAUCAGUGACAGCAAAACCUCAGACUCUGGAGUUUAUGAACUAAAUAUCAUAGGAGGAAGAGAAGAUCAAGUCAAGAAAUUUUGUGUCACUAUCUAUCCUCGUCUACCUGCUCCUGACAUUAUCAGAACUUGCCCACAAAAUUCAUCUUCAUCAGUAUCUGAACAUUUAGAGGUGUCCAGAUGUGAGCUGCUGUGUUCAGUGGUGAAUGUGAGUGCUGUGAGUCUCUCCUGGUACAAAGGAAACAGUAUAUUGUCCAGCAUCAGUGUGUCUGAUCUCAGCAGCAGUCUCUCUCUACCUCUGGAGGUGGAACAUCAGGAUAACAACACCUACAGCUGUGUGAUAAACAACACCAUCAGCAACCAGACCACAAAUCUGGACAUCACCACACUCUGUCAAUCAUGUGAAGAAUGUCCAUGCUGUGGUUCUGUCGAAAGUGUGAUGAGAUUGGUCAUCUCUGCUCUGGUGGGCGUGGCUGCUGCUGCUUUUGUGGUUGAAGACAUAAGAUCCAGAAAGGGAGAACAGGAGAACAGAGAGGAGACAAGCUGUUAACAAUUUUGGCAAAUUACACAGCAUUCUACUGUAAUAUGAAUUAGGGCUGAGCUAAUAAUUGAAAAUUCGAUUUCGAUUUUGGCUUCUUACGAUUAUGAAAAAACAUUAAUCGAGAUAAAACGAUUAAUGCAUCAUAUACCACCCCUUUCCAGUUGUAUACAUUUGUUGCUCUGCAAAGCUCAGUUUCACGUGUACAUGACUAAAAGCAUGUACUGUAAUGUCACGUCUGCAGCACGGGAUGCGCAUCAUUAACUGAUGUACAUUUGAAUCAUUUAUGUUUUUAAAAGCAUGAGAGAGAGACUCAAAGACCAGCAGAGCACACACAUCCUAAGUCAUCUUAAUGAGAGCGCUUUAAUGGUCAAAUAAGUGUCAAAAAUGCGGUGUUUAGUGAUUAUUCAUAUUAACUCUCAUUUGUGUAAUAAACAAACGAGAAUCAAAAGACAUGUGAAUGAGAAACCAUAAACAGAAUCGUACUGCUCUUAAAGUGACAGUGCGCAAUAUUCCUGCUGCCGACUGUUUUUAUCAUUAAUCAAACAACAAAAGGAGAAAAUCACGAGAUAUUUAAAGCAAAGUUUGUUUCAUAUUUUUAUUCUAGUGUAAUUUUCCUUAUUUACAGGGAGGAAAAUAACAAUAUAUACAGUUGAAGUCAGAAUUAUUAGCCCUCUUCAAUUAAUAGCGACCCCUCUCCGCCAUAGUUUUAAUAACUCUUAUACUCUUUCAUAACUUUUAUCUUUAUCUUUUUGUAUUAUGAGCAUAAAUGAUCAAAAAAACUUUGUGUAAACCUUUAUACUUCCUAAAUCUACUUUGUAAUAAUAUUUGUUAAUAUUUGCGCUGCACAAAUCAAUUCAAUUUGCUGUUUUUAUUGAAUAAAUUGUAUUAUUAUUAUUAUU